AUGAUUGAUGAUAAUGAUCUGGGUUUCUUUGCCAAUUUUCUCGGUGUUUUCAUCUUUGUGCUGGUGAUAGCAUACCACUAUGUCGUGGCUGACCCUAAGUAUGAAGGAAACUAGGAAAGUUUUGAAGUUGAAGAUGUAAUUUUAUAUUUUUGUAGAAUGAGAUGCUUUGCAAAUGGAAUUCAAUGUGAUAGAAUUAUGAACUUCAGUUUGAGAACAUUAAUGCUAGUUUGCUACUAAAACUUUUAUAAAUAUCGAUCAAGUACAACUAUUUUUGUUUUA